GCCGCGGGCGGCGGGCGAGGGGAGCUCCGCAGCAGCCCGCCCCUGCGCCCGCCCCUCCCGCCCGCGGCUCCUCCUCGCUUCGCCAUGGUGGAGCGGGGCGACGCGGCGCCGCUGCUGCGCUGGGCCGAGGGCCCCGCCGUCUCCCCGCCGCAGGCCCCGGAGCUGCAGGCUGGGGGCGGGGGCCGGGGCCGGGGCGGGGGCGGCCGGGGGCCCGCGGAGGCGCCGAGGCGGCGGGAGCCCCAGGAGCUGGGCGCCCCCGAGGUGCUGCUGCAGCCCGGGCGCCUGGAGCUGGGCGACGUGGAGGAGGACCAAGUGGUGGCCGUGUUCGUGGUCACCUUCGAUCCCCGCUCGGGAAACAUGGUGGAAUGGUGUUUACCACAAGAUAUUGACCUUGAAGGCGUUGAGUUCAAGUCUAUGGCCAGUGGGUCCCAUAAAAUCCAGUCUGAUUUCAUCUAUUUCCGGAAGGGGCCCUUCUUCGGCCUGGCCUGCUUCGCCAACAUGCCCGUGGAGAGCGAGCUGGAGCGCGGAGCACGCAUGAAGUCCGUGGGCAUCCUGUCUCCAUCCUACACCCUGCUUUACCGGUACAUGCACUUCUUGGAGAACCAGGUUCGACACCAACUGGAAACACCAGGACACUAUUCCCAUCUGGCUGCCUUCUAUGAGGACAAGAAAGGGGUGCUCCAUGCUGGUCCCGGGAGGGGCGGCAGCCUGCCCCCCGUCUAUUGGCUGCCUUCCAUCCACCGGUACAUGUACCCAGAGAUGAAGAUCACACACCCAGCUGGCUGCAUGUCUCAGUUUAUUAAGUUCUUUGGAGAGCAGAUCCUCAUUCUUUGGAAAUUUGCCUUACUGAGAAAGCGCAUUCUGAUAUUUUCUCCCCCUCCUGUGGGUGUCGUAUGCUAUCGAGUAUACUGCUGCUGCUGCCUGGCCAACGUCUCCCUGCCUGGCCUCGGGGGCACCAUCCCUGAGUCCAAGCCUUUCUUCUACGUGAAUGUGGCCGACAUCGAGAGCCUGGAGGUAGAGGUGUCCUAUGUGGCCUGCACCACAGAGAAGAUUUUCGAGGAGAAGCGGGAGCUGUACGAUGUCUAUGUGGACAACCAGAAUGUGAAGACGCACCACGACCACCUGCAGCCCCUGCUGAAGAUCAACAGCGCCGACCGGGAGAAGUACCGGCGGCUCAACGAGCAGAGGCAGACGCUGCUGUACUCCCAGGAGGUGGAGGGGGACUACGGCCCGUGUGAAGAGGACCUCUUUGUGCUGUUUUUCCUCGAGCAAAACAACCGGAUAUUCCAGACGCUGCUGGAGGUGUCUGCCAGUCAAGACAAAACCCUGACAGCCGAGCAUGCCCGGGGCAUGGGGCUGGACCCGCAGGGCGACCGCAGCUUCCUCAUGGACCUGCUGGAGGCCUACGGCAUCGACGUCAUGCUGGUCAUCGACAACCCCUGCUGCCCGUAGGGGAGAGCCCAUGAGCUGCUGCGGGGACUCUGCCAGGCCCCCCAGGGCUCACUUUUUAUUAAGUGGACACAAAGGGACAUUGUUUAUACUUUCCAACUGAUGUAAUUUUUGCAAUCGCCGUUCUUCCCUUGCUCUGGAGAGGUAAGAUGAGACUGCUGUGGUUUUGUGUGUGCCUUCCGUAGGCCGCUGCCACCUUCUCCCAGAGUUGCUGCCUGCUUUGGUGUCGGGUGUUCUCAUCAGCGGGAACUCUCUCAUCUCCUUGUUGAAUGCCCUGAGAUGUGGCAAAGGCCAAGUGUCGCCAGGAGUGGGCUGAUCUCUGGAGACACAGAUAUACUGUUCCGGAACACUCUGUGGCCCGUGGCCCGAGAUGGAUUCAAGGAUGAGACCAAAUCUUCCCUAAGUGUGGUGGUGGGUGUCCCGUGGCGGAAGCUAGACCAGGUGACCUUUCAAGGUCAUCGCUUCUGAGAGUCCAGUCUGAGGGCCAGACCUAUUUUCCUGUUUAUUAAAACAAAUCUGUGUCUUCCUGUGAGGAGAGAUCUCAAAGUGGGACAGAAGGAUGUGUCUGACCCCAAGCGCGAGCUUCUGGGACAGGGCGACAGGGAGAAGCUCCUUGUUAGUCAGCUGAGACUCCUCCCAGUUCUUGGGGGCCACUCAGUGUAGAAUUCCUCUUCCUCAGAAUCCCCCUUUUGGGAUGGAUUGGCAAAUCCAUUUUCCAAUUCAGUCUCCUUUAAGGGCUACCCAUCCUCUUAGAAUAAUUUGGGUAUAUUUAAAGACUAGCAUUUGUUGCCCAAAGAUGGAGGAAUUGAGGUGCAGGAUAGAAGAUGUGCCUUCAUCUGGGUGUGCCCUCCGGAGGUGUGACCAGUAGAGCCACAGGUCAAAGCAGAGCCUCCUGGAUGCUGUGAUCCAGCCAGGAUCUGAGCUGGUUAACACGGAGCUGAGAGCAUGUUAGCAAGACUGUGGGCUAGCAUGGAGCCCCACAGAGCUCCUCCUGCAGAGAGGACAGUCCUUGAGCUAAGUAAUUGGGGACAAGGACCUAUCAGGUUGUUAGCAAAUAUGACAGUGCCUUUCCCGGGAGAGCGGUCGGGAGCCCAAGUAUCAGGUGAGUUUCUGCUUUCCUCUCAGAGGUUUCAAUCCAGACAGCUCCCGUCGGUCCCUGCCUGUUUGGUUUGGCUGGGCGUUGGAUGGAUGUCAGCUUCGGUGACCUAGGAAGCAGGCUCCUGUGAGUAGUGUGAGGGCAGUAAUUUAGGAUUUUGACUUAAGGAAAUAAUUCCUUCCCCUGCCCCCUUCCUGCCCGGCUGUUACUGGAAUAGCCGUCAGUGUAUCGUGUCUGUGGCCAGGCUGCAGCCAGGCUAAUGCACACAGCAG